AUGAUACUUCGAUAGAUGCUUUCCAGGAAUGAAAGUGUGAACUGGAUUGGAAUGAGAUUCAACGACUCUUUCUCGUGCAAAAUGAAAGAUAAGGCAAAACAAUGGAAAUUCGAUGGAUGGGGUAGAUGGGGCAGGUGGAAUGACCUGAAUGUAGAACCAAAUGGUUGUCCUGAUAAAAGAUGUGUUCGACUUCGUUACAAUGCGAUGUUCACGAGUUGGUGUAGUAGCCUUUAUCAAGCUCUGUGUGAGACAGACGUUUCCCAGACGACGUCGAUUCUAACAACAACGUUCAGUCAUACUAGGGCAUAUACGAUAGAAGGAGUUAAUGAGGAGUCUGUGAAUUCAUCUACACAUUUCACCAUAUCGGAAACCACCGAGGCUUCAGUUGACACUAUGAUACCAACGACGGAAGCAGAGAGUGUGACCUCAUCUGAUCUAACAACCAUAUCAACGAGUAUGACGCUGGUCACAUCUGGGGUGGAAACCGACACAUGCGCUAAAUGCUGUACAGUCAAAAAUUUCACAAAACUUGACCAAUUUGAACUUGAGGAGAGUCUGCAUGAGUUGAGGUCUCAAUUGGCAGUAAAUAAAACAAAACUGUCUGUCCAGAGGCGUAAACUCAUCAGCGUGUAUGACCCCCGGCCCAGCAGUGUAGUCAUGGGAGGUGUGGCUUGUUCCAUUCUAGCUGUUAUUGUCGGGGUGAUCGUUUUACCUGACGCUGUUGUUUCUGUCAGGUUCGUGUACACACGCUUCGAUAGAGUACACAAAAGAAACAAAUGUUUUGUAGUGUAAAAUAUAGGUAGUGUUGUAUGCCGUAUAAAGACGACGGAAAAAGAGGACACGCCAGCCUAUGAUAACUGUACAUUUGUAAUGAAUAUUGACUCCGAAGUCAAACAAACAACAUUAUGUAGAUAGCAGGGUACUGCUUGGGCCGUUUUUCUUUAGUAAAUAUACGAAGUCAGUGAUAACCAGUGUUAUGACGUCAUUGACUGAUUUACUGGGUUAUUAAACAUCACUGCUAUGCAUGAUUGGAUUUUAGUUAUUAAAGAACUGUGGAUUUUCCUGACAAAAUAUUUGCAUGUUUUACAUGAAAAUAAAUAAAAGAUGGCUGCAAUAAUUAAAUUAUUUUUAAAUAUUGGCCAUUCCCAUCACUGACUACUGAGACAAAGACGACAACA